AUGGCAUCGCCAGCGAAGAGAUGGCGUUCGCGAGAAGGAUUCACGGCCGAUGUGCUCAGCAACCUACUCCACCGCACCCUGCUGAGCCCUUGGAAGAUGGUGCCGCUGCUAGCAUUAGCACAGUAUACGGCUAAGGGCCGUGAGAUCCUGGAGUCGCGUCCGGAGGUGCUCAAGGCCCUCAAAGUACUGGCCUCGCUGGCUGUCUUGAGUCGGCUCGGCGGCUGGUUGGACCGUCGUGUGAUCAAUAAUGGCCAGAAAGAUCACUAUGACUGGAACCGGGAGGUGGUGGUCCUGACCGGUGGCAGCGGUGGGAUUGGACGGCGAGUCGCGCAGCUGUUCGGCGAUCGCGGCAUCAAAGUCGCCAUCCUCGACAUUGCGCCCCCGGCGGAUUCAUUGCCAAGCAGUGUUCGCUACUACGAAUGCGAUAUUACAUCUCCUGAAAACAUCGCCGAGGUGGGCAGCAAGAUUCGUGCCUCGUUCGGCAAACCAACCAUCCUGAUUAACAAUGCGGGCAUCCUCACCGGCAAGACCAUCCUCGGCACCACAGAGGCCGUGACCCGACGGUUGUUUGAUGUCAACACCCUCUCGCACUACUGGUUGGCACAAGAGUUCCUGCCGGACAUGAUCGCGGGCAACCACGGGAUGGUGGUGACCGUCGCCUCCCAGUCCGGCUACACCGUCACCCCCAACAUGGUCGACUACUCGGCUUCCAAGGCCGCUGCCAUCGCGUUCCACGAGGGUCUGGCGGCGGAGCUGGUGACGCGCUACCAGGCUCCACGCGUCCGAACUGUGCUAGUUACCCAGGGCUUUACGCGGACCGCCUUGAUUAGCAACCUGACCCCCGAGGAUACCUUCAUCAAUCCCCUCCUACACCCGGAGACCGUCGCUGAGGGUAUUGUUGAUCAGGUUUUGACGAGUGAGAGCGGCCAUGUCUUGCUACCUGGCACUUCGGGCACUCUCGCGCAGCGUCUUCGCUCUUAUCCUCUAUGGUUCCAGCAUGCGUUGCGGUGCCGACUGGAGCGGCUCAUGCGCGCCGACUAG